CUCCUACUACAGGAAGAGUGAACACAUCAGCACAACUGACACAGCGACAAGAUCGUACAAAUGUGCCACUUACACCGAUGAACUAGCAAUGAUGUGGGCUGACAAACUUGGUAAACAGCUGGGUCACCCGACACGAUCGGUGUUGGGGUGGCUGGUUAGUAAGUUCUUCAAAAAACACAACAGAAUCCUUGAGGAGAAUGCUGUGCAGCUUUGUGGGAUCCUGCCUGGGGACACGGUGCUGGAACUGGGUCAUGGACCAGGUCUGGGUCUCCAGUCCGCACUCAAACUGCUCACAGAGCCCACAGGCCGCCUCAUAGGAGUGGAUUAUUCACAAUACAUGCACAAGAUGGCAAGUGAGCUCAUGAAGGACCAAGUGGCCAGUGGGAAAGUGACUCUAUACCACUGUGAUGUAGCAGCGAUGCCCCUUCCAGACAGCAGUGUGGAUAAAGUCUUUCACUGUAACUGUUACUACUUCUGGCCUGACCUCAAGAGAGGAGCCACAGAGAUACACCGUGUGAUGAAGCCAGGGGGCAUGAUGGUGACCACACUGAGGCUGUCAUCUAUAGCUAAACUGGCAUCAAAGCGAGUAAUGCCAGGGGAAAACUGGAGACCGGAGACCUACAUGGCAGCUCUGAGAGACUGUGGAUUCACUGACAUCAGAAUGGAAGAUAAACAGGACAGUCUUAUAACAUUUCAGGCUAUCUAUGCUAUUGCAUCCAAAUGAGACUGAGUACUGAUUAAGGUCACAAAAAAUACAAAACAUUACAAAAAAAAGUCUACUACACAAAUCUAAGUGAUCAUAGCAAAGAAUAAUGUUACUGUUAUGCUUUGUGGAAUACUAAAUUUCACAUGUAAAGAUGGCAAUAACCUGAAACCAAAUGUUAGAGACACAGAAUCACCAAUUUUGAGGUAACUAAUAUUAGUAAGUGACACUUGACAAUAUCAUGAAGGGAAGAUUUGUGUUUGUGUGUGAAUGUGUUAAAUAACUUCUAUCAAUAAAACUCAGACUUGUAUA